AUGCUGAGAAUCUUAGAUCUAUUCAAGAAAGAACAUCAUCACUUGCUAUUGUAUCUCGCCCCCUCUUUACAAAAGAGUCCUUCUACCAGCAUUUGCAUAGACAUGCAAGAGCACGAGAGGCAGCCUGAAGCUUUGACCAAACGAGCGAUCGAGGCCUUCCCGUGGGCAAAAUAUGUGCCAGUCCGAAUCGCCGGACGCGGGAAUGAGGGUAUCGCCUUCUACUGCCUUGAAAGGGCGGUCGCACACUCCCCGCCAAAGUCACCGGCAAAGAAUUUGAAGAAGAUGGUAGUUUUAAAAUUUGCCGGCAGCGAGGAUGCGCGGGAAAAGUUGAAGAUCGAGUUACAGAUCUCGGAAGAUAUUCACACAAGUCCUGCUCCGGCUCAUAACCCCAACGUGGCCUCAAGGUUUCUCCGGGUCGAGGAAGUCUCUGAGGGCUGGGUCAGGAUGAGGGCUACUUACCCCGGGCUUACCUUGGAUACAUUCAUGAAAAGACUUGGAAGCAUCCAGUUCACGACAGAGGAACGCGAUCAGUUCACUGCCCACCUUUUCCUUCAGACUGUUAGAGCCUUCCGAGACCUGCAUGUUCAUUACCAAGUCGCUCACUGCGAUGUUGUUGGAAAUAACGUUCUUUUCGAAGGUCUUCUGGACUACAAGAAGUUAACCCACUUCAUGGAUGUGGUGAUCAUCGAUUUCGCCAACGCCAAAAAGGUUGAAGAGCCGCUUGAGACAAGGGACGAUGUGUUGAACGUGUGCAUGCGGAUUACAGACUGCGUUGGCGUAGUCAAGAUGGAGGAGAUAGCCACUGGAAAAGAGGGGAAGAAUCGACAGUAUCUUACAGCUCAGCACAUGUUGGAUCUAUUCGAACAGUGUGCAGAAAUCUGUGUAGGCGAGGCGGGCGAGUUGAUUGUUGGAAAAUUUGGGUAUCAUGCAAGUGUGGAGGCAUUCCAAGGCGGAGUGCUGGUAACGGAUCAUCACAUCAAUCGGGCGCUGAAAUGGGCUAAAAGUAAGCCGCAGAUUGACGAGGCAGUGGAUGAGCUUGAGAAGGAUAAGAACAUAGACGGCCUUAUCAAGACCAGGACUACCGAGAGGUCCUAG